CCUUCCAGUCUAGACAUCAUGUUAUACUCGCGCGGUUGUUUUAUUUAUUGCCUGUUAAUGUUAGUACUUGGGGUCGAGGGAACAUACAGACGCUAUGGAUACCAACCACAACAGAUGUACGCGGACCGACCUGCUGCACGAGCCUUUAAACAGAAUUUUUUACACAACGUGCAAGCGCAACAAGGUGCCAUCAAUGCAGGAGCACAUGGCAAUAACUAUAGGUUUUAUGGCUACCAUCAUUAUCACAAACCUGCGCGGAUGUGGCCCCUAUUCCCACACCAGCAGCCCACAGCUUCUCUUCCAGCUCCUGCUCAGCCGCUCGGUACCCAGAGCAGCACCUCCCCAUGGGCUACCACAACAGCACCAGUGGAGAUGUGCAAGAGUCGCCCACUUGACCUGGUCUUCAUCAUAGACAGCUCGCGCAGUGUGCGUCCUGCUGAGUUUGAGAAGGUAAAGGUCCUUCUGUCAGACGUGGUGGAGACUCUGGACAUAGGCCCUGACGCCACACAGGUGGCGGUGGUCAAUUAUGCAAGCACAGUAAAAAUCGAAUUCCUGCUGAACGCCUUUGCCAACAAGGCUGACCUGAAACAGGCACUGGCACGGAUCGACCCUCUUGCCACAGGCACAAUGACUGGCUUGGCCAUCAAGACGGCCAUGGAUGACGCCUUCACCGAAGUGUCCGGGGCCCGGCACUCCUCUAGAAACAUCGCCAAGGUGGGCAUCAUUCUCACCGAUGGGAGGCCCCAGGACACAGUGGAAGAGGUGUCUGCUGCAGCCCGUGGCUCUGGGAUUGAGAUCUAUGCUGUGGGCGUGGACAGAGCCGACAUGCAGUCUCUACGUCUCAUGGCCAGUCAGCCUCUUGAUGAGCAUGUCUUUUAUGUGGAGUCCUUCGGGGUCAUCGAGAAACUCACCUCCAAGUUCAGGGAGACUCUAUGUGGCUUGGACCGCUGUGCCCUUGGACAUGACUGCCAACACAUAUGUAUCAGCAGCAAUGCUUCAUACAACUGCAAGUGUCGGGAGGGAUAUGUCUUGAAUGAAGACAAGAAAACAUGUGCACAGGAAGCACAAGCUACUGUGACUGAGGACCCAUGUAUGUGUGAGGCUCAGAUUGCCUUCCAGAGGAAGGUUCAGGCAACAAUUCAAGAUCUUACCAGCAAACUAGCUGAAGUCACCCAGAAAGUUGAAGAAUUCCAAGGCUUGCGAUGAUUCCAAAUCAUUUUCUGGAAAAAUACCAUAAUUUUACAUUUCCUGCAAAGCAUCUUCCAUAUAUAACCAGCAGUAGAUUGAUAAUGAAAUUGUACAUGCCAUGCAUUAUUUCAAGUCUGUAUAACAAUGUGUUCUGUAAAAUAUCAGGGGCAAGUUUGUCAAUAAUGUAAAUCUAAAAGACGUGCAAUUAGCCCACUGUGUGAUCAACAUGUUGGAAAAGCCAGUAUUUGUUUCCCCAUUUGGAUAUUUUGAAUUGCGGCAUUAUUUUUGUAUACAUUAUGUGUGUGUGUGUUUUUUUUUUAUGAUUUAAAUAUUAUGUAUAACCUUAAAAAGGUUUAAAAUGAAGAUAAUGAAGUUAGGCCUAUCUUUGAAAUGUCUGUGAAGUUCAAAUAUAUUUUGCUUUUUUUGGGAUAUUUGUGAAGAUGUGAAUAAACAAUAAAAAUGUACUUCCAAAGGUU